AUGGCAAAAGACUUGGCAAACAACGAUCAAAAUUCAAAAUUAACAAAUUGGGAACCUUUCACUUCACGCGAAAAAUUGCAGGAAUUUUUGAAUUCGGAUAACACUGACGCUAUUCUAUAUCAAGGAAUAAAUAGAAUUCGAAAACAACUGACAGAUGAAAUUAGGAAAAUCAGGGCUGGGGAUAGUUCAACGGAUAAUCGAUCAUCAGCGAAGGGCAUAACAAAGCUCGAGACCCCCAUACUGGAACUUUUCUCUAAACUCGUUCAGUACACGUCGAUUAUUCCACCUUUGCGAUCGACCGGUACGAUACUGAUCCGUAGCAUCCUGAAAACUUACAUGAGGACGUUGGUUAAAACAAACGUUCUUGAAAAUAAGAACUUUGCGAACUUGAUAUUUAAAGGAUUGAUCAGGGAUCCGUUUGAGUUAGUAGACGAAGUUUUAACCAAAAUAUAUGAUUACGUGAUCGCUGAUAAAAAUAUCAACCGGACAACCAAAUUAUUAUUUUUCAACCACACCGUAUUAGGUCAGUGCAAUCCGGAACCACCGGAAUCAAAAAAUAUUAUUGCGGACGUGGUUCACCGAUUUCUAUUAUCGAUAUGUUGUAGUCCGGGCGUUGGAAUAUGUUUUCGUGAUCUCGGAUGGUACCCCGCAAACACUCCAUCCACACCUUCACACAACACCGAAAAAUCAACAAUAGAUAAGAAAACUCGGGUGCACAAUGUUAUAUUGUCUUCCUUCAUAAAUUCUUUAAACCCCGCAGAGGAUUUUAGGCAGAGAGAAUUACUCUUGAGAAUUUUAGAGGCCUGCCCAGAAUUGGUCCAAGUUCUGGAGAAAACGAAUAUACAUCCAGUAACACCGCCCAAGGUCAACACUGUUAUGGAGAACAUAUUGCCGCGAGUUUUUGGUCGUUCAACUUUAAGCAAAUGUCUCCUCAACAACAGCCCCUUGGUCAAUUACGAGACGAUGAUAACAUUGUGCAUAGCGUUUCAAAAGCUGGAUAAGGUUUUUCAAGCUUUCAGCAAGGUCAUUGACGAUUUGGAGGAUCUCGAUGAAGGUGCAGAUAGAGCUCCGGAGGAUACCAGACCGUCGUCUUUGUGGCGCGAAGCAAUUUCUCAGACGUUUGAAGAAAUGAAACGGAGAGUCCCUGAUAUUCAGGUCUUUCUCAAACAUCUCAGCCGUACAUUAUCAGACGGUCAAAAAAUUUCAACUCCCUCAAUGAUUGAUGAUGCUAACGAUGAACAGAUAAGAAAUGUAAUGUUACGGGAAGCGGUUUUGAAGAUACUCAAGUAUUAUCAUAAAUACUUACCCGAGGCCGUUGCAGAGUCAAAAUUCGACAUAAGCAAUUUUAUCCCGGCCAGCCUAAGCCAAAUCCAUUUGGGAACACAGCUUAACCUAUUGGAGUUGUUGAAUGUUAUUCCGGAUUUCAACUUUUCAAUUAAAUCAGAAAAUAGAUACUUGGCUACUUUUCUGAGUUUAUACAUGUGCACUCCUUAUUCCCAGAUUCGUUCGUCUACGGAGGGUGUUCUUGAAAAUCUUCUUUCAAGGUCGAUUAUCUUUCAGCACGAUCCGUGUGAAUUAUCUAUUUGGCUUGAAUCGCUACCGCGUAUUCUGCCAGAAGACAAGAGUGUUAUUGAGUUUGAGGAACAGCUUUCUGUCGUGCGGUUUCUCGACGAAAGUAUUGAGAUUUUUCUCAAAGACCCGUUUCCUUAUAUUGAUGAGCUAGGCCAAAUUAUACUUCGUGGAGCGUCAGAAAAUAGCGGCGGCGAAUUGAUCGAGUCUGGCGUAAUGGAAGUUGAUAAUGACACCAACACCUUAUUGCGAGAAAAAUUGAGUAGAGCUCAUGGUGCUUCUGGAAAUCCACCUCUUCAUUAUCCUUUUAGUCCGCUGCUAGUCGCCUUGAUUCGUCAAUAUCAAAAAAAAAAAGAUGACCCGAACAUCGACUAUGUUGACAUCGGUGAUUCAAAGAAUCCUCGCAGGAAAGGGCAUUGGAACGUUGCGGAUUAUGUUGGGAACAUCGAUACCUUCUUCCAACACUAUGCAACUUUAAAAAGGUCAUGUCUUGAUAUAGAACCCAUCGAGGAUGGAGAUACGACUAUGCUUAAUAAAGAGGAAUCAAAGGCAAAAGAUCUGUGUCAAACAAUUCUUAAAGAUACAAAUCCCACCAUCUUGGAAACUGCCAAGAUCAAAUUUCUCGAGUUGAUGUCGAACAUACCGGUCUCCAUCCUAAAUCGUCAUCUCAUGGAUUUACUAAACUAUUGCAAAAAUACCCUUGGAUGGGUCAAAUUUGAGCCAAUUAUAAGAUACCUGAAUUACAGGCUACCCAGUUGUGGUAGCCUUUUUGAACUCGAAGAUGUCAAAUCGAUCCUGAAUGAAGCUAACCCAGAGAGAUCUACUAAAAAUUGUGACACCAAGAUGGAUCUUAUUGACGAAGAAAGUUCGCAGAGAUUUUUAAUUGGAUCUUUACUUGAACUGUUUUCCUUCUCCGAUCUUCUUACAAACGCUAUGUUUCACAUGGACAACCCGUCAAUAAAAGAGAUUUUACGAAAGGCCCUAUCUUCUUGUCCGCCAAACCAUCUCCUUCUCUCCGCUCGUCACUUAAUGCUAUACGUUGAUUGCAUCUUUAAUAAUCCCCUUGACGAGAAUGUGUCAGCACUGAAAUUUUGCUUCGACUUACUCACCGAGCUCGUUACGCGAGUGGUAAACGAUUCCAUAAUAGAGGCAGGGUUCAUAUCUGAUUAUAUCAUCGAAUUGAUCAAUGCGAGUAUUUCAGAGAUAAUAAUUAAUCCAAUUUCAUCGAAUAUCGCGAAAAGGAGAAGCUCAAAGACAGCAAAAUACCUCGGCGAAUUCAGGGAGAUUCUUUUGAACAAAGUCUCGAACGUAAUAAAGGGCAUAGAAUCUGGUGUCAUUCCUUUGGAUGCGCUCUCAGAAAAUAUGGGGUUCACGCUUUCCGCUUUUGUCAGCGUUUUGAAGGCAUCCGAGUUAUCACAAAUUCUGCUGCCUCUCGUGAAUAUGGAUAUAAGCAAGAUUGCUGCGUGCUCGUCAGAGGAAGCCGCCAUGAGUCCAUACAUAAUCUUUUUGUCUCGUGUGUUGAGCGCGAUCUCUCACUAUAAUUUGAGAAAAGUUAUCAACGAAAUCAUCCUUGGAAAGCUCAAUCAUAUUUGGCAAAUUCACCCGUCCCGUGAAAUGGAGAAUAUUCUGUUACGAGUGGUGGAGGUAUGUCUUCCUCCCGGACUCGUAAAACCGAUCGAUUCGACAGAUCUUCGGAUGAUGCGGUCAUACUUACCGCCAUCCUGGACAAAGAAUUUCGAUAAAGGUCUAGCGCGAGACGUGCUUGGAAACCUCAACGACACUAGAUCUCGAAUAUUGGCAGUUCUUCUGGUAAUCGAUUCGGAAAUUAGACUCGAGUUUGUUUCAAAGGUGCUCGAAACGCCAACAUUAUUGGAUCCCUUGGCCAUGGAUGACAUCUUGAUGAUAGUGUCCACAUUCCUUAAGGUUGUCGCCAUGAAGUCGGAUCUAAGAUUUUCUUGGUCGUCAACAGCGACACAUGAUGACCAACGGUUAGUUUUCUCGCUUUCUGAACAAUAUGGAUGCCAAUUCUUCCACCAAAUAGCGGUAUCUCAGAUGUUGAAGGCGAUACCUUCCGAGUUUUCCAUUGCAACAUGCGCGUUCUUGUGUUUGAGUCCAUCUUUAAAAUUAAUCGGUGCCAUCGAAAAUUUAAUGGUGAAUGGAUCGUCAAAUAACGAUAUGUUUAAUGUUGAUUGUUUGAGCGUUUUAGAUUGUUACCUUGAAAGGAACCACGGAGACGUGGAUGAGUCAAAUCUCAAACGUUUUCUCUCUGACCUCUUACAUCAAUCUACAUUAUUUAUGGAAAAUGAUGUCUUCAAAAGAUAUGAUCGUGAAAUAUUAGUGUCACUUUUCACUAGGAUCGAUAAUUUGAUCAGAUUCAUACCCAGGAACGUCAAUUUGGAUGCUAAUAUCAUUGGUGAAUUCAUUUUUGUUCUCCUUGAAAAGAGGCUGGAAGAACCGAUUAUUUUAAAAUGUGUCGCAUCAUUGAUCUCCUCUGAAUACACCAAAGAGCAUCUACUCGGUCCUCCUUUGGACAGAGUCGUGGAAGCCAUCAUCAAUAACAGUCAAUUCAAAAGUUUGACCCGUAUCCCGAAUAUUUCUAAAGAGGCCGAAUCAUCAACUUUGCUAACAAGAAUAACAGUGUGCAGUUUGCUCAACGCAAUAUUCCGCACGAGCCCUGCGGUGUGUUGUAAGAGUUCGUUUUUGAGCUCACUUCUUGCGUGCUACGGCGCCUCGACCUCCUUGGCGGACCAAAUGCUCCUUGAAAUCUUCAUGCUGUACGAGAAAUCGAACAAUUCGUCAAUAGGUCCUUACGCCAUGAUUUGGGGUUCAGGUUCUAUUCGUCCGAUCGACCGACGUGGUCUUAUGGGACAAAAGAUUGUGGUCGAAUCAUUGGAUUUGAUAGAUCCCAUGAAAAUGAUGACCAGUUAUACACGCUUUCCGAUUGACAAACGGUUGGAAGUAAAGGUUUCUGUCUCGGGAAUUUUAUCUCUUCCGGAAUCGGAAAGAGUAACACGAGCAGUAUAUGAUCCAUCGUUCUUUUUGCCGAUCUUCGCGAGCUUGUUUUCAUAUGGGAAUUUGUUGGACUGCCGAAAGCUUAUUGAAAUUAAUGCGCUAGGGUUUAUAGUGGUGUCGCUGUCGUCAACCGUCGAGGAUGUGAGAAAGGCUGGUUACUAUUUGAUGGAUGAAUUUUAUGUUCUUUUGGAGAACGCCAAUUUCCGAGAAAAGAAACAAGUGUUAUUGUUGUUGAAUUCCUUGAAGAAUUCCAUCGUCGAACGCCGCGAUGGCAAGCCACCUCAACGCUUGCCAACGAUAAUAACUGUAUUCUUUGCACAUGCGCUGAACAUAUUUACGAAUCCUGCGCAUUUCAUGUAUCCCUUGAUAAACAAAUUUUUGUUGCAAAGACCUUUGAUAGAUUUGGAGGAUAUUCCCAUGUUCUAUAGUCUCUUUCAUUCCUCGUCCGACAAUCACCAAAAGGAAAGGGUAUGGAUUCUAAGGCUUUUGUCCGCCGGGCUAAAAACCGAUGAAGCACGUUUGGGAUAUAAUAUCCGGGCAUUAUUGUUCGUCUCUCGCCGACAGUGUUUCCUGCAAGCUUGUGAUCGAGGAGUUCCUCUAUCCGACAAGAGGGAUGACGUUGUGUGGUUACUCAACUAUCUCGAUUCUAUUCUCCGAAUAUUCUACCACCUGACGUUGGUUUCAUCCCCAUCAAAACAAAUUUUUACUCCUUACCAUGUUUCAUGCAUUCUUCAAUUCCUUGAACAUUGCGAAUUGCUUGUGACGCCAGAUGUAUUGGCCGCCAACUUACCAUUUCUACCAAUACACAUCAACCAUAAUCGCCGUCCCUCUCAAUCGGAUAGUUUGGACGAACUUUAUGUGUUGGAUCACGAUUUUGUCAAAGUUUAUAGACAGAUUAUCAGAAUGCUGUUUGAAUUGGUGGUCAACAAUAAUAUACAGGACGCAGAACUGGUGGAUAAGAUAAUUUCUAGGACAUUUUUGUUGGGAGUUUCAUCGGAGGCAAGGCAGUGGACCAUUGAAUGCCUUUCGAUGAACCUUUCGAACUGA